AUGGGAAGCGCUUGCUUCUUGUUCUGUUACAAUACUCAUCUGUACCAUCCUAAACCUAGAGAAUUAGCUGGUGUUGGCAAUGGUUUUAGUGUAAUUUUCAGUGUCAUCAAGGCUUUCGUAUUACAAAUUUGGAUUCUUGGAUAUCCUACCUCUUCCUAUCAUCCCGUCGAUUAUGAUAAUGACGAAGAUAAAUUUCAGUUGUCGCCGAAAAUCAAUUGGCUCAGAGGGCUUGACAAAGUUGCCAUUAUAGAGUCCUCCGCUCACAGUCAAGAAGAACAGAAGAAGUUUGGCAGGAUUUGCAGUGCGUCACAAGUCCAGUUAGUAAAGCGUUUUUUAAGUAUGAUUCCCAUGUGGACUACCAUUCUUGUGGUUGGUUUGGUAGUAUCAACAGGCGACUCCUUUUUUCCUGAGCAGGGAUACAACAUGAAGUCCUCAGAUUUUAUAGUCUCCCUAUUUAUACUUCAAAGUCUUUCACGGAGAAUGGCCUCCUAUCUGUUAUCUUUAUUAAUCCACUCAAAGUGGAUACCAGAAGCUAAAAAGAAAACGGCUAUACAAGUUGGAAUUUGGGGUGGAAUUGUUUCAUCUAUACUUUGCUCUUCUAUUGCAUGGCAGGUUGAGCAGCAUCGCAGGGCAUUAUCAGACAUGAAUACCAUGAGUAUAUUCUGGCUUUCUCCUCAGUACUUUCUAUUAGGUCUCACGGAAGGGCUUGUUGAAACUGGACUAGAUGAGUUCACCGUUGAGCAGUUCCAGGAUCCAUGGAAAGAGUAUGCAUGCGAAAUUACACAGUUCGUUUUUGGGCUUGGAAGUUUCCUUAGCAUUCUUUAUAUUAAAGCAAACGAAAGCUUGUUUCGUGACAGUCUAUGGGACGUGUACUACCAUCGGCUAACCAUUGUCAGUUAUGUCAAUAUGCUUUUCUUUUUUUCCAUUAUAUACAUCUUCUACAGAUCCAGGUACCCAAAUAUAAGUGGCGGAACCAGAUGUUGGAUCAUCCCGGCUAAAAUUUUCGGAAAAGGAAUAAAGGCUAAUCUCAUCCGCUACCCCUGA